CGCGCGUUCUACGCGCCGUGGCGGGCUAACAGCAAACUUUACAGAGUUGGCGAAAACCCGUUCAGUCGUUUCUCGGCGGUCUACCAGAGUGCACCCGUUCCGUUUUCCCGCAGCAACUUUCCGAAGUUCGUGAUGACGUUGCGUUGCGUUCUCGCGGUGCUGGCUUUGGCCGGCGUGACCCUAGCUGGCCCCGAUGUAACCGAACUGAAGGUGGACGUGGUCAGCGUGCCCGAGGGAUGUGAGACCAAGUCGAAGCAAGGAGACAUGCUCACCAUGCACUACACCGGCACGCUGGACGACGGACACAAGUUCGACUCCAGCUUUGAUCGCGAUCAGCCUUUUACCUUCCAAAUUGGCGUGGGUCAAGUAAUCAAGGGAUGGGACCAGGGGUUGCUCGACAUGUGUGUCGGUGAAAAACGAAAACUAACCAUCCCUUCAUCGCUCGGCUACGGCGAACGCGGGGCCGGCAACGUGAUCCCACCCCACGCCACACUUCACUUCGAGGUCGAGCUCAUCAACAUCGGCGACUCGCCCCCAAGCAGCAACGUGUUCAAAGAAAUCGACGCUGACAAGGACAACAUGCUCUCCCGCGAAGAAGUGAGCGACUACCUCAAGAAGCAGAUGGUUCCCCCAGACGGUGCUGAGAUGAGCGAAGAUGUCAAGCAGAUGCUAGAGAGCCACGACAAGCUCGUCGAAGAGAUCUUCCAACACGAGGACAAGGACAAGAACGGCUUCAUCAGCCACGAAGAGUUCUCUGGCCCGAAGCAUGACGAGCUGUAAACAAUUUAACCACCACUCUUGGUACAAUAGCGAUGCAACGCAAACGAACCAAAAAUGACGAUGCAGCACUCUGUGGUUAGGAAACUAAAGAAAAAGUAUACCAAUUCCUAACCUUUUGGUUAUAAAUACGAAACUUUUGGUGUGAUUUUUAAUUGAUUUCUCGGUGCUAUUUUUAAAGGUUACUUAAUGCACACGUGUUAUUAUUUUGAAAAUGCUCAACAGGCGGGCUAGGAUUUUAAUAAAAUAUAUUUAACUUGGUAGAAUCAAAGGAAAAUACGAAGAACUCAAUAGAACUGUGCAACCUAUCUGUUCGUGCAGUGACGACUACCAACAAACGCCAUCUGUCGAGUUCGUAUAUUUAUAUUAUAGUAAUAAUACAUGUCAAACCACAUAUUUAGACGUCUCCGAAAGUUUUAACUAAAUAGUGCUGUAAUCAUAUUCUUGCUUCAAUAACAAUUUACAAUAAUGCCGUGUAAGAGGGCAUACUUAGUUCCCCAACCAUAAUUGAUAAAGCGGAAAUGUUUACAAGAAGUUCCCAAUAUGUUGUUUAUUUUCUACAACCGUCCCAUUUCCAUAGACGAGGAAAACAUAAGUACGUCUUUAACCAUUUAAAUAAAAUGACACAUAUAAAAUAGUUAUUUAAUAUGCUAAUGUAGACUGAGUUUGAGCAUUUCGGAAUCAUCCGGAACUUACGGAUAUGUAAGCAAAUAUGCCCUAAGAUUUGCGUUGCAUCAUCUAGGUAGCUUUUCUUCUGUUCUCUCUUCUGUUCCCUUUCCAUCAGUCUCUCUUGCUAUAAUAAAUAACAUGUGAGUCAUUUUUGUUGUCUUUUGUACUUAUUUUACCUAUGUUGUUGGUAUCUUUGAAUUCGUUAAGUAUAUUUAGGUACAUAUUAAUAUAAUGAAAUUUAGCUAGUAAUGACUUUUUCAGCGUAAAUUAAUUUAUAUUAUGCUACUGUUACUUGUCGGUGCUGUGUAAAUACGAUGGCACGAAAGAGUACCUACUUGUCAAUUAAAAUAAUAUACAGCUGACAGACUUUUUACUUUGAAAUAGCAUAACACAAAACCUUGUCUGGAUUUGUCUACAAUGUUUAAAUAACAAUAGUUUGAAGUCCACGUAAACGUCUUGAUGCCUAAUAACUACAAUAUUAUAAGUUUAUAGGAACAAGGUUUGAUAAAUGUGACCAAAAGAUGUAGAAUUUUUUGAGGGUAUUCACUAUAAUAGUGAGUAUGAUAUUACAUUAUUUUUGAGUAAUUAGUAUAACUAGUUUACAUACAAUAUUAUAAAGUUAGUUACAAUACAUACUAAGGUAGAUACUGCAAGAUUGUGUCAAAAUCUGGUAAUAAGUAAAUCAAACAUUUGGAUAACGAUUUUCUAAAUAAAAUAUUCAUCAUCAAUAAUCGUCAGAAUAAAACUGUAUUCAGUGUUGUUAGUCCAUUCCACUGUAUUUAACGAAAUAAAAAAUAUUUAUAACCGUGAGAAUUUUAUUUGUACAUUGCACAUUUAGGUUUACAUUCUAUAUAUCAUUAAUGCUCCCACAUGCAAAAUUAAGUUAAGUAUUUUAAAAAUACGGUGUAUAAGUCGUAACAUAAUUUGAUAUAUCGAAUUUUCGCGAAAAUCCUAGGAAUUUGAGAAAACAUACAUGGAUAUUCGACAAUGGCGACGUCAUUGCUUAAUCUUACUCAAAAAGAUAAGAAUUAAGACAGUGAGAUUAUGAAAAGAAUUGUAGACUUAUUCCCCCUUAUUAAUAAAUCAAGAAUAAACUUGGAUUAGUUAAUCCAUGUUUUGUCUCUGUUCAUUGAAUGCCAAAUGGCAUUUGAGUGACAUGAACAAAACACGGCGUAACUAGUCUAAGCUUAUUCCUUGUUAUAAAGCCAUUUCGCCUUACCCCCAAAACUUACUCGAAAGCCCCCAAAAUUCAGGUUUAAAAAAAACCCAAUAUGCAAAAUAUUUAUUUAAAAUACAUAAUAUGUAUUUCUGUAAUAGCAUCCAUUACAGGAUCCACAUCUUUGCACUCCUUUCUAAAUCUUGUAACUUAACUUUGUUUUGAUGAUGCCAUUAUCUUACCAAGGUGCAAGCAAUUAAAAGGACAAAUUACGAUUUAGCAGAGCAAAGAUGAUAACUAGUGUCGAAUCGAUUUGCAGUUUAAGCUAAAGACCAUUAACGACUGGCUUACUUGCUUGACUUGACAUGGAUAUGACUGAGCAAGACGGAAUGGACUGAAGAGUACUUUUUAAGUGGGCUUUGGACUUAGGGGUCCGAAUCGGGCUCACUGAAUGAAUACAGUUCAGUGAGCCCGAUACUGGCAUGAUUAUCUAAGCAUAAUAAAUUUAAAGGACAUUGACGAAAUUGGCCCUAGCAUGCCCAAAAGAAUAUCCUUCACUAUUAUUUUUCUAUUAUUUUUUUAACUUAUUAGCAAUUAAUCAUAGUUAACGGACAAGCUGUUUAAAAAAAUAAAAUAUAAAAGUUCUGUUACUAGAUAAGUACUACAGUAUGUUCAUCCAACUUGUCCUAUUUGGUAAACAACAUGGCACUCCUUUUUAUUGAAAAUACAGCAUUAAAAAUCAACUGAUAACUGGAUUCAAUAGGUUUCAGUCUAUAAUAACGAUAUAUUUUAAUAGUUUAUUGACUUGUUUAUAUUUUAUUUUUAAAUGGGUGAUUUUG